UCGCCCGCCGCCCGCCGCCGCCGCCGCUGCCGCCGCAGCUCUGUAGUAUGGCAUCGAGGAGAAUGGAGACCAAACCUGUGAUAACCUGUCUCAAAACCCUCCUCAUCAUCUACUCCUUCGUCUUCUGGAUCACUGGGGUGAUCCUGCUGGCUGUUGGAGUCUGGGGCAAACUCACUCUGGGCACCUAUAUCUCCCUUAUUGCUGAGAACUCCACAAAUGCUCCCUAUGUGCUCAUCGGAACUGGCACCACCAUUGUCGUUUUUGGCCUGUUUGGAUGCUUUGCUACAUGCCGUGGAAGCCCAUGGAUGCUGAAACUGUACGCCAUGUUUCUGUCCCUGGUGUUCCUGGCUGAGCUCGUAGCUGGCAUUUCAGGGUUUGUGUUUCGUCAUGAGAUCAAGGACACCUUCCUGAGGACUUACACGGAUGCCAUGCAGAAUUACAAUGGCAAUGAUGAGAGGAGCCGGGCAGUGGAUCAUGUGCAGCGCAGCCUGAGCUGCUGUGGCGUGCAGAACUACACCAACUGGAGCACCAGCCCCUACUUCCUGGAGCAUGGCAUCCCCCCGAGCUGCUGCAUGAACGAAACCGACUGUAAUCCCCAGGAUCUACACAAUCUGACCGUGGCUGCCACCAAAGUUAACCAAAAGGGGUGUUAUGAUCUGGUGACCAGUUUCAUGGAGACUAACAUGGGAAUCAUCGCUGGCGUGGCUUUUGGAAUCGCGUUCUCCCAGCUAAUUGGCAUGCUGCUGGCCUGCUGUCUGUCCCGGUUCAUCACGGCCAACCAGUAUGAAAUGGUGUAAGAAGUCUUUCAAGAACGAUGGAAUGAGAGACCUGUUUUAAAAAGGAACUACAGCAAUCUUUGAAAGACUUCCAAAGAACGUUAGAGCACAGUACAUAAUACACCUGCCCUGCUCCCCCUAAUCCCCCACCCAACUGACACUCCUACACAGUCUCUGCUCCGCCUUUCAGCUCGCAUCAUGUGUAGCAUUCCAUUUUGUGAAGCCCUGUUGUGCCAGAGUGUAGCCAGGUUCCCUGCAUCUAGUCCUCGUGGACCCCACCUGAGGCCCUGUGCGUGCCCACUCCUCAUUCUGUACUUGGUCCAACUGCAGCUCAUUGUAGGUGACUGGUUAUCACACCAUCACUGGCCCUGCCGGGCCCUGCAUGUAGUGUGGGAGGCUCCUAUUAGCCCUUCAUCAUGAUUGACAAAUACCACACCUGAUAUAGAUAAACUGCUCUGUUCUUUUGGCUUAAUCUCCUUUGGUUUGGUUUUCCCUUUACUAAGGCUCUUUCCUACCUUCUUCAGGCUGCCUAGGACCUGUAAAGAGAUACAUCGGUAAUUAUCCACGAGGAGAAAAAAGCAUGUGUGAUGCAUGAAGGAAAUUGUUGAGCUUUAGGUGGCCUCCUUGCCCAUUAUUGUUACCUGCCUGGGUAUAUAGAGACAGUUUAGUGCAUCUAUGCCUCUCAGUUGAAACCUGUGUAAUCCUAUUACAAAGCUGUAUUGUUGCCUUCUGUGACAAUAUUACUUCUGUUUUUCCCCAAUUAAUUGCUUUUGUGUUAUUUUACUUCUUUCUGUAUUUUUUCUUUGCAUUGACAUUAUAGACCUCGAGGACCUCAUCAAAUCAAUUUAAAAAUGAGUGUGAAGGGGGAACAAAAGUCAAAAUAUUUUUAAAAGAUCUUAAAAAAUAAUGCCUCUGUCUAGCAUGCCAACAAGAAUGCAUUGAUAUUGUGAACAUUUGUGAUACAUGUAUUAAUAAAUAGAGUCAU